CCUGCCACACCGGAUGAAGCCUUGGAUGAUGAAAUUGUAGUUGACCGCCGAGAGAGCACAGCCGUCGUGUCGGGCGAGUUCCAUGAACGAGGCAACCUCAUGCAUCUGUCCGGCUCUGCAGUGCGCGUUGACAAGGAUGCCAUAGGUGAAGGCAUCGCGGGCACAGGCAUGCGCUGUCAUGUGGUGGAGAAGGCGGCGGGCUUGCCGCAGCAUGCCCAGCCGACAGGUACAGUGGAUGAGGGUGUUGCACACGUUGACGUCGGCUUGAAGACCUGCGCCGAGCAUCUCCUGGAAGACGGCGAGCGCGUCAGUUGCUCUGCUCAUCUUGCACAAGAAGAUGACGAGUGUGUCGAAGGAAACGGCGUUUGGCUUGCAGCUGCCCUCCUGCUUGAGCCGCCGAAACAUGUCGAGCGCCCGGUCCCCGUCACCGGCCUUGCAGUAGCCAGCAAUCAGGGUGUUGUAGGCGACAACGUCGGGGGCGCAGUCGCACGUCUCCCUCAUGUCGGCGAACAGUGUCAUGGCCUGCUCCACCCUUCGCACCUCGCACAGCCAGUGCAUGGCGGCGGUGAAGGCCACCGUGUCCGGCUGGCAGAAGUUUCCCCGCCUCAUGUCAUCCAGCAUGCCCAUGGCUGCGUCCAAGUCGCCCGCCCUGCCAAACGCCUGGAUGCAUUCCGUGCACGUCACCUCCGACAGGCCAACACCCUUCUGCCUCAGCUCCGCCAGCAGCUCCGCCAGCAGCUCCGUCCUGCCCAGCUUGCAAACCUCCUUGACCAUGGCGGUGGCCGUGUGCGCGUCAACCGGCACGCCCGCCUUGAGCAGGUGGUUGUAGGUGGCCAAGGCCAUGUCGAGGCGCUGCUCCUCGAGAAUCACUUUGACCAGGCAGUCGUGGGCAAAUGCGUUGAACUUGAAGCCCAAGGCUCCCAGCCUGAUGAAAGCUUCCACGCCACCUUGCACGCCACCGCGGCCGAGCAUCAUCUGGCCCAAGCUGCCAAACGUGUCCUUGGUGAGGGGGACGUGCUGAGCUUGCAUCUGGUUGACGAGGCGGAGCGAGAGCGUGAGCUGCUUGUCCCGGCACAGCAGCUGCAGCAUGAGGUUGUAGACGGUGCUCGUGUGCCUGAAGGUGGCGCGCGUGCCCGCCCACUGGAAGAAGGCGUAAGCGGCCUGGACGUGGGCGCUGAGCUGCUGGAGCACCCGGGCAACCAGCUUUGUGCUGAUAUCGUACCUGGCGCCCAGGGACUCCAUGUCGCCUCGCACCUCAUGCUGCUCCUUGACGAAUCGGCUUAUUUCCUCGGCGCUACACGCCAGGGCCUUGGCGCUGUUGCCCUCCUCCGCCACCACCACCAGCGACGCGGCUCUCACCGUGCUCUUGCUGCUCCUGCAGCUGCUGGACGCCCCCCACUGCCUGCUGACCACUGGCAGGCAAUGCCAAUGCCAUGCCACCACCGACAUUGGCAUGCCCUAGUCCUUGUGCUGCUAGUGUCACUAGGUGCCCAGGGUAUGGCGGGAAGCAGCAAGCCGACGCUGGUGCGCAUCAAACGCAAGCGCUGCCAUGAGCCCGUGGACCUCCUAUGGCUGGAGCACAGUGCUACAAAGCGUCGCGGGCUUGAUGCCGAUGCCGCCAACUUGACACUGCUGGACGCUCCCCACUCCUCAGGUGGCCAAGGAGGAGGAAAGCUUCUCUUUUGCCGGCUUCAAACUGUCGAGGCUUCACAAGUCAAGGAUGCGUCCCUGUCAGAGUCUCUCAUGUCCGAACUUUCUGCAACCAGGCAAGAGGCAAGGAAGAGCGGUUUCAAAAGAGCCAAGACGCCAUCUGCAUCUGCGGCUGCCAGGCAGCAGCACGAGAGAGACGCCAAAGCCGCGCGCUACAAGCAGGUGUGGAAGAAUCGACUGGGUCUAGAGAGCGAGGACGUUAUGCCCCAGUUUUUUCACCUCUACGAUGUAGUUCGAACAACAGGUGGUGAGGAAACGAGAGAGAGGGAUCGCGAGGAUAACGAGCUGCUGAUGAAGUACAUGCCACUCCUUGAGGAAUUUUGCCCUGAAAACUUUCCUCCCGCCGAUGCCUCCACCGAGGAUUUCGUGUACGACGUGUAUGUACAGCAGGCGGGGCACGAACAACUAGAUGUGAACGAAGAAGAUGACUUACUAACGUUGCAAGUGAGCGAUUCGUUUGCCUUUGGAUUAGAGGACCAAGUCGAUUCCGACUAUGACAGCGAGGACUCAAACCGUGAGGAUCGCCCCGAGUGCGACUAUCCUGACGAAGAAGACGGAGAUUGUUCCGAGGACGAGCUAGAAGACUCGGACCCUGACGACGAGAAGAUCAGCGGCAGCAGCGAUGAUGAAGAGGACACAAACAAGUAUAUUUGGAAAAGUCGCAGGUGAUGGAAUCUACUGGUUUUUCUUUCUUGUUGAAAGUGUUUCCAAGGUGAUUUAAGCAACGGGUAGCACAACGGGCUCUUUGAUCCGGGUGUCCACCCCAGAUGGAGGGAG